GUGGCCAUGAAGUGAUUCAUGGUCCGGUAAAGUGGUUGAAUGCGGCUUACAGAAAUGGCACAUAGUUCACUAACCAGAUGGAACAGUACAAUGCUUAAUGUUGUUUAUUGAUGGAUGAUACGUGCUGUGGUUGAUUCACUUCCUAAAACUAUAAUUGCAAUCAAUUCGAAACGUGUUUUCUACAUCGCACGAUGACGAUUGCCAUCUCGAUAGACGAAAGGCAACAGAAUGGAAGCUCUACGAACGGGUCUGUUCCGGAAGGUGCCGUCAACAAUGGGUUCGUCCUGGACGAUACGGCCUCCAAGAAGCCUUCGAACGGAACGGAGGUCGUGCACCACUAUGGACCUCAUCACGGACACGAUCAUCACUACCACCUGCAUCACCAUCACAUCCGGGAGAAGCCGGGCCAUGAUUACACGGACGACGUGAUCACGGUGCACGGUGUCCAGGCUCAUCACAAAACCAACUACCUGGAGACCAUGACACACCUGCUGAAGGGUAACAUCGGCACCGGGUGUUACGCGAUGGGCGAUGCCUUCAAAAAUGGCGGUUUGCUACUGGCAACCGUACUGACCGUGUUCAUAGGGUUCGUGUGCGUGCACUGUCAGCACGUGCUGCUGAACUGUGCCACCAAAGUUCACAUGGACCAACAGAGCAAGGGUCGCCCGCCGGACUUUGCCGAAACGGUCGGGCUGUGCUUCCAGAAGGGCCCGCCCCGGUUCCGGAGGUUAGCCAAACCGAUGAAACUGGCUGUGAAUAUCUUUAUCUGUGUUACGCAGCUAGGGUUCUGCUGCAUCUACUUCGUUUUCAUCAGCUCGAAUUUCAAGCAGAUCUUCGACCGUUACGACCUCGUCCUGGACGUCCACUACCACAUGGCACUGUUGUUGAUCCCCAUCAUCCUGACGUCGAUCAUCACCAAACUAAAAUUCCUCUCUUACUGCUCGAUGAUGGCCAACGUGUUCAUGUCGCUCGGUAUCGGCAUUACGUUCUACUACGCCCUGCAAGAUGUGCCGUCGAUUUCCGAACGACGGUUCGUCGGAAAUCUCAACCAGCUGCCGCUGUUCUUCGGCACGGCAGUAUUUGCCUUCGAAGGCAUCGCAUUGGUACUUCCGCUGCAGAAUGAGAUGAAGAAGCCACACGACUUCCGGAAGGCCUGCGGAGUCCUGAACACCGGCAUGGUGUUCAUCGUGUCACUGUUCACCUGCUUCGGGUUCGCCGGCUACCUGAAGUGGGGCGAGGACGUUCAGGGAAGCCUGACGCUCAAUCUGCCAGAUAACGAAAUGUUGGCCGAGAGUGUCAAAGUCAUGAUCGCAACUGGUGUCCUCCUGGGCUUCGCCCUUCAGUUUUUCGUCGCGAUCAUCAUCAUGUGGCCUCCGGUGCAGUGCCGGCUGAACAUUACCAAGCACAAAACUUUCGCGGAGAUCUGUUUCCGCGUUUUGAUCGUUCUAGUCACUUUUGUCAUCGCCGAGUGCGUGCCCAGCUUGAGCCUGUUCAUCUCGUUGAUCGGAGCCCUGUGCUCGACGGCGCUGGCGUUGGUGUUUCCACCGAUUAUUGAAAUGAUCGUGGCCUUCAGCGAACCCAACUGUAAGCCCAGUAAGUUGAUGAUCGUGAAAAACGUUUUCAUCUUGAUCUUGGCACUGUUGGGAUUCUUCACCGGGAGCUACGAGAGCCUCACAAAGAUCGUGCAGGAGUUGUUGAUGUAGAUAGUUGUUUUAUAGUCGAUAAGUGUACUGACGGGUAAUAGUGUAAGGAUUGUUUUAGUUUAUGUGAAAGAAUGCGCUGUGCAAUAAAGUUAAUCUCGAUUGUUACAAAUGAUAACUUA